AUGUACGCUUGUUUACAAGCAUUAUUGUUCCCAUUCAAAUCUAGUACAAUCCCUCUGCAAAACUUAUUUGUUUUUCUAUUCGUUUUCCCUCCUUUCUCGUAUAUUUCUUUAUUUUUUCCUUUCUCACGUUUUGCUCUUGGUCAUUCCUUUUUACUUUCUUUCUUUUCACUUUUAUUUUACCUUUCUUCUUUUUCAUUUCUUUUCUAUUUUCUUAUAUCUUCUUCCGUUUCUGGCAAUUUCUUCUUCUUUUUCUUGUUUCUUCCUUUUUUUCCUUUUUCUUCCCUUUUUUUUUUUACAUUUUCCACUUUGUCAAGUACUUUCUUUCCUUUACAUUUCCCUUGCUUUUUUUCCUCAUUUAUUUUACUUUCUUUCUUUUUUCUUCUUUUCCUUUCCUUUUCCCGCUUUCUUUUCCCUUACAAUUCUUUUUCUUUUAAUCUGUUUAAAAUUUUACGUUUAUUUUUUUUCCUUUUUUCUUUUCUUUUGUUUUCACUGCCUUUCUUUUCCCCUCUUUACUUUUUGUUCGCUUUAUUUCCUCUGUUUCUUCUCCUACUUUUCUUUCCUUUUUUCUUUUUUUUUUAUUUUUUACUCUUUCUUUGUCAUUUUUUCUUUUCCCACUCAUUCUUUUAUUUACUAUCCUUUUUUUACCUUCCUUCUGACAUUUUCUAUUCUUUAUUCUACAUCCUUUCUUUUUUUCUUUUUCCUCUUUUUUCUCUCUUUUCUUUAUGA